GCCGGCGAGCGGGUCGGAGGGCUUUGCCAAGAGCCCACCGGCUCCUCUUCCCUCUCUUCAUUUUGGGGAGGAGGGAAGUUGGCCAAGGGGAACUUUGCGGGAGAGAGGAGCGUGGACCCUGCCCCUCUUCCUCCUCCUCCUCCUUCUCUUCUGUCCUUUGGCGCAAAGGUGACCAUGAUUCACGGCGGAUUCCUGCCCUGCGACUCGCCCGGAUUGUAAAGACUCAGAGACCGGGAGAGAAAGGGAGCCUGGUUCCCCCGACUUGGGCUUCUCCCUCCUUCCUUCCUUCCUUCCUUCCUUCCUUCCUUCCUUCCUUCCUUCCUUCCUUCCUUCCUUCCUUCCUUCCUUCCUUCCUUCCUUCCUUUUCCUCCCUGAAUCCUCCUCCUUUCUCCCUCCUUUCUUCUUUGGAGCCAAGGAAGACCCUGCUGCAGGACCCGGCGAGGAGAGGCUCCUCUGCUUUGGGCUCUUCUUUUCCAAAACUAUGGAUUUCUUGGCGGCUCGGAUGCGGAUGCGACUUUUGCUGGCAGGGCUUGCCUUGGCUGUGCUGCCCUGCCUCCAAGCAGAAGGUGCAUGCAUCUAUAGAGGCUCAUCUUUUGAGAACAACACAGUUUGGAAGUCGGACUCCUGCCAAGAGUGCCGUUGUCAUGGUGAUAUUGUCCUAUGCGAAGCCAUUGUUUGCCAAAACCCACAUUGCAACUUCCAGAAGGGAGAAGUCCUCCAGAUAUUCCCCAAUGCUUGCUGCCCUAGGUGUGUUUCCCAAACUGCAGGAUUUUGUGAAAAUGAGGGACAAAUCCAUGAGCAUGGCACAGAAUGGACAGGUUCUGGGUGCCAAUCAUGCUCAUGUGCAAACGGGGAGGUUUUCUGCACCUCCAAACCUUGUCCUGAUGUUUUCUGUGAGAGAAAUGAAGUAAGGUCCAUCAGUCAAGAAGACUGCUGCCCACAAUGUCUUAGCAUUGGAGAGACCUGCUUUUUCGAUGGCCAGGUUUUCCGGGAUGGUGAGGAAUGGCGAUCCGGUCGUUGUGCCAAAUGUAUUUGUCAGAAUGGGACCAUGGAGUGCUUUACAGCGCUUUGUCAUCCUGUGUCGUGUAAUGAGGGAGAAAGUGUGGUUGUUCCAGCUGGAAAAUGCUGCCCGGAAUGUACUCAGAAAUCUUGCUCCGUAUCUGGGAGAGCAUAUAAGCAUGAUGACCAGUGGAAGGAAGAUGUCUGCACGACUUGUACAUGUGACAGAGGAGAGACCAGGUGCUUGAGGCAAACCUGUGCUCCGCUGACAUGUCAAAAGGGGGAGAACAAAGUCCGGCGUCCUGGGAAAUGUUGUGAGGAGUGUGUACCUUCCAAAGGGAGCUGUGUCCACAAUGGCACCGUCAAGUAUCACAAUGAGAUGUGGAGUACUUCACGCUGCGAGUUCUGUAUGUGUGAUGGAGGCCAGGUCUAUUGCUUGAAAGCAGCGUGUGUCCAAGUGAGGUGUUCCCUGGAUGAAGAAUUGGUUCAUUUAGAAGGCAAGUGCUGUCCUGAAUGCAUUUCAAGAAGUGGGCCCUGCGUUUACAAAGAACAUACCAAAGAUAGUGGUGAAAAGUGGAAGGAUGGCCUGUGCCAUGAAUGUGAAUGCCGGGACUCCGAGGUGCUUUGCUACACUCAGUCUUGCCCAACGUGUCCCUCAGGCAGCGUGGCUGUGGCUGUGCCAGGAGAAUGCUGCCCUCAGUGCAAACCAGGUCAGUGCCAGGCAGAUUGCUUGACCUGCUCCCAGUCUUUUGAUCACUGUGACACCUGCCAUGAUGCAACGAAAAAGCUGCAGAAUGGGCGCUGUGUAGCCAGUUGUGGAUCAGGAUUCUAUGAGGAUGCCGACUUUUGCUUAGCUUGCAAGGAAACAUGCUCCACCUGCCACAAUGGGUUUGUGUGUGAUUCAUGCCAAGGUUCACUGCUUUUGAAGGAGGGCCAAUGUGUGGCUUCUUGUGGGGAAGGGUUCUUCCAAGACACCCAACAAUGUACAGCUUGCCAGAAGUCUUGUGCCACUUGUUGGGGCCCAUCAGCAAACAACUGUUACUCUUGCAAAGACCCAUCUCAUGUAAUGUUGGAAGGCUUCUGUCUUGCGAGCUGUGGGCAGGGGUUCUACCUCAACGAUGGCAUUUGCAAAGCCUGCAAUGAGACUUGUGAAUCAUGCUAUCCAGAUCAGCCCAGGUGUAUAUCCUGUGCUCCAGGCAGAAUGUUGCAUAGGGGGAAAUGUGUGCUGGAAUGUCCUGAUGGAUACUAUGCAGAUAAUUCCCGGAAAUGCAGAGUUUGCCAUGAUUCCUGCACCAGCUGCUUUAGGCCUCUGUCUAGCCAAUGUACUUCUUGUUCUUUCCCUCUUGCCUUGCAUUUGGGCCAGUGUCUUUCUGUUUGCGGAGAGGGCUUUUAUCAAGAUCACAACAUCUGCAGAGGUUGCCAUUCAUCUUGCCGUGAAUGUGUUGGCCCAGAAUAUUUACAUUGUACACAGUGCAUGAAACCAGAGGAGGCUCUGCAACCAGAAAUGAAUGUUGAGGGAUUACCAGUUGGUAUCUGCCAACCACAGUGCAAGGCCCAGUUCUACCUUGAUUAUUAUGGGGUGUGCAAAGAGUGUCACUCCUCCUGCCUGUCUUGUAUGGAAAAGUCCUCAGAGAACUGCACGGCAUGUGCUCCUCCUCAAGUCCUGCAUGGAGGCCAAUGUGUUUCUGAGUGUCCAGAAGGAAUGUAUCACCAGGAGGAACAAUGUUACUUAUGCCAUCCCUCUUGCAAGACAUGUACCGGGCCUUCAGAUGUUGAAUGUGCAGCCUGCCAGCCCUAUGCCACUUUUGCCAAUGGAAGAUGUAGAACUCCCUGCAAGGAAAAACAAUAUCUUAAUCUGGUGGGAUACUGUGUUGAUUGUCACCCCCUGUGUGAUCAGUGUGUUGCAGAUCUCCAGAACACAGGAAGUACCUGCUUAAAGUGCCAAAAUCCCCAUAACUCUCUCCUGAAAGAUCUCUGCGUACCAGAAUGUCCUGCAGGAUACUACAUGGUUGGCGGAGCAUGUCAAAGGUGUCAUCCUUCAUGUAAGACGUGUCUGGGAGGAGACCCUCUCUCCUGCACCUCCUGCGACUCCAGCCUCGUCCUUUCACACAUUGGGACCUGCAUCUUGGCUUGUUUCCUUGGGUUCUACAGGGAUGAGAAUGGGCUUUGCCAACCUUGCAGUGAUCCGUGUCGGAGCUGUGAUUCAGCAACCAGUUGUACAUCCUGCCGAGACCCCUCGAAAGUCUUGCUUUUUGGGGAGUGCCAGUACGAGACCUGUGCUCCACAGUAUUACCUUGACGUCUCCACCAAGUCCUGCAAAGAGUGUGACUGGAGCUGCAAUGCCUGCAGCGGCCCCCAAAGUGAUGACUGCCUGCAGUGCAUGGAGGGAUAUGUGCUCCACGAUGGCGCUUGCUUGGAACACUGCCCACCAGCUUUUUACAGUGGAUCUGAAAUGUGCCAGAGAUGUGAUGAUGACCGUUGCCUCCAGUGUCAUGGCCCCAGAAAGUGCACCCUCUGCAAAGCCCCAUUCUUCCUCUUGGGGUCUCAGUGUGUCUCCAUGUGUGGAAAGCGAUAUUAUGCAGACCAUAGAGAACAAAAAUGCUCAGCUUGCCCAGAGGGAUGCUUGGAAUGUGAUCAGUCAGACCGAUGCCACGUUUGUGAUGCUACAACUUUUCUUCAAGGAGAUCAGUGUGUGUCCCAUUGCAGCUAUGGCUUCUAUGGCAAUCCUCAGAGCAGGGAAUGUACAACUGUCAUGCACUCUCUGCUUCUCAGGACGAACAGCUCCCUCAGGGUUGGAAUUGGUGGGGUGAAGCCACUCGAUGUCUCCUUUCUGGGAUUGCAGGACCCUGGGGACUAUGGUGAAGACCUGUUAUUUCAUGUGGUAGACCCUCCUACCAAUGGCAGGCUAAUGACUUUGACUGAUGGGAAAGAGAGUCUGCUGAACCAGGAUGACUAUUUCACUGGAGAGGAUGUGAAAAGGCGAAGAGUUUUCUUUGUUCAUGAUAAGAAGAAAUCCAGGAAUGGCCAGUUUUCUCUAAAGAUCAGCUAUCAACAGUUCUUCUCUGAUCCAGAAACAUUCACAGUUCAAGCCCAAUCAAAACAGCCCCCUCAUGUGCUGCGGAACGAGGUUCUUUCUCUUGGCAAAGGGGAAAGUAGAGCCAUCACCAAACUUUUGCUCGAUAUUCGAGAUGAUGAUAACCCCCAGGAUGUGACAGUGACCAUUUUAGAUCCCCCGCAUCACGGGCGGAUAGCGAAGCUUCCUGCGGAGAUGCCAUCAGUGAUGAGUACUUUCCAACUGAGUGACCUUUCAGAGGGCCUAGUGCAUUACAUCCAUGAUGGAUCCAACAGUUUAGAAGACAUGGUGCUCCUGCAAGCCAGUGAUGGUUACUACUUUCAGAAUAUACUCUUCCACAUCAAGAUUGUUCCAAAGUCCCCUUUGAAGACCAGUGAGGUCCCUCGGUUGGUUGCCAGCCCCAUGGUGUGGGUCCCAGAGGGAGGGAUGCUGCAGAUCACCAACAGGAUUCUGCAAGCUGAGAUGCCUGGAGUCAGCGAUUCUGCAAUUGUCUACACUAUUCAAGAUCAGCCACGCUAUGGUGAAGUGGUUUUUCUGGUCCCCAUGCCUGCAGAUGACCCUGGGUUAGGAUGGCAGCCUUUACCUGAUGGCAGAGCAGCCUCUCCAACUUCUACUUUCACUCAGCAGGACAUCAACCAAGGGGUCAUUUGGUAUAGGCAUUCUGGGUCUGAGACAGAGAGCGACUCCUUCCGCUUCCAGGUAUCGAGCACAUCCUCUCCAGAAGCCCAUCUGGACACCCACCUGCUCAACAUUGCCAUCCUGCCACACUCUCUGGAUUCAUCCCUGCUCUCCCUUGGGUCUUCUUUCCACAUGACUGCUCUAGAAGAUCGUUUGACCCCUAUUGAGCCACAUCAUCUUACCUUUGUUGAUUCAGAGAGUCCGAGUGGGAAGAUUGUGUACAAUGUGACUGUCCCUUUGCCAACAAAUCAAGGUAUUGUCGAACACAGGGACAAGCCCCUCUCUCCAGUAAAGUAUUUUACACAGGAUGAUGUCAAUCAUGGCAAAAUUGUGUACCGUCCGCCUAGAGCUGCCUCACAUAUCAGAGAGAUGAGGGAGUUCUCCUUUGCUGGUCUUCCUGAAUCUGUUAGCUUUCAUUUUACAGUGUCUGAUGGAGAUCGUACAAGUCCUGAAAUGGUAUUUACCAUCCACCUGCUUUCCUCUGAUGGGCAGCCUCCAUUCUUACAGAUCACGGCUCCGGUCCUUGAAGUCAGUCAAGGAGGAAGAGCCACCAUUGGGAUACAGCUGACCAUAGGUGAUGUUGACACAGUUCCCGAAGACCUCUUCUUUGAGGUGGUGGAGCCUCCUCAUCAUGGAGCACUCCUCAAGCACAGUUCUGGAUUUCCUAACCACCUGAGUGCAGGAGAUACUUUCACCUAUGAGGAAGUCACCAGAAAUACUUUGCAGUACAUCCAUGAUGGGUCUUCCUCAACAGAAGACACGAUGGAGAUAUCAGUAUCUGAUGGAGUCACCACAGCAGCAACCAGGCUGAAAGUGGAAGUGAGGCCAAUGGAGAAUGAAGGUCCGAGGUUGGAUCCUGCCUGCUCAAUGGCCAUCACAUUGGCCGGCAAAAGCUCUGUGAUCAUCACCCGAGCUCAUUUUGCCUAUAUUGAUAAUAAUUCUCCUGAUUCCCAGAUAAGGAUUCAGUUAAUUUCUCUUCCGAUGUAUGGCACUCUUAUACGGGUUAUCCCUGGAAGACGAUCUGAGGAGUUUUCUGAGGUCUACAACUUCACAAUGGAGGACAUCAAUCAUCAAAGAAUCAGAUACUUCACAGAGUUUGAGACUAUCGAUCAGGCCGUCACAGACGUUUUCCACUUUGCUGUUUUUGACGCUGAUGACAACCGGCUUGACAGUCAAAUGUUCACCAUCACAAUUAUGGCUGUCCAGAGGAAGCCUCCGACCAUCACUUUUGCCAACCACAUCACGGUGGAUGAAGGAGGGCGGGUACCCCUUACCGUUCACCAUAGUCAAGCCAUUGAGUCGGAUCUCGAGCAAGAAGAUCUAGUGGUGAAAAUCGUGACUUUUCCCAAAUAUGGAUAUAUUGAAAAUACCAAGACAGGUAUACGACUCAGCUCUGGUAGUACCAUGAGCUCGGAUAUUUCAUUCUCUCUCCAAGAUGUGCUGAAGAACUAUAUUUAUUACUUUCAAAGUGUCCAUGAAAGUAUUGAACCAUCCGUGGACACUUUUAGCUUCUAUGUCAGUGAUGGCUUCAGUCAAUCAGGAACUAGCAGUGUCAACAUCACUAUUAAGCGCUUGAAUGAUGAGCCCCCUGAAAUGCAGUUGGAGCCCAUCAAAGUCCAGGAGAGCAAAGGGACAGUGAUUAGAAAUUCCUCCUUGAGGGUGAAGGACUUGGACACUCCUGACAGCCAGCUGAUCUUCUUAAUAACCAAGAAACCCAGUCAUGGUUAUCUCCGCAAGAGACAGUCUUUCUUGGAUCCCUUGGAAAAUGGAGAAAUUCUCUCUGAGGGUUCAACCUUCACCUAUCAGAAUGUCUUGGAAGAACUGAUGGUUUACACACCAGAUAGUUCCAGAGUUCAUUCGGAUGAGUUUGGAUUUUCACUUUCUGAUGGGCUUUACACACAAACUGGGAAAAUGGAGUUUGCCGCGGCAUUGCCAAAGACAAAAACACUCAGAUUGGUUGUGAACAGGGGCCUGCAACUUCCUGCUGGCUCUGUAGCUGUCAUUACGGACCAGCACCUGAAAGCCACAGAUUCUGACUCCGAUGACUUGACGAUCAGAUACAUCAUGAAAAAGGAUCCCAUUCUUGGUGUUCUGCACAUGCAUAAAAGGGAUUCCCAGGUUCAAAUCUCUGCCAAGGGGCCAGUCAAAAGUUUCUCACAGGCUGAUGUAAAUAAAGGACUGAUUGAGUUCAGCCAUCAAAAGGGGGAACGUGGUGGAACAGUUGCUUUCAUUUUUGAUCUGUCAGAUGCAGAAGGAAACAAAAUGGUGGACCAGGCAUUUCAAAUCAGCAUAAUAGAGGAUCGGCUCCCUCCAUCUGUCACUGUCAACACUGGACUGACCCUGGAUGAAAACUCAGUCAAGAAGAUCACCACUCUUGAGCUGUCAGCCACGGAUCAAGACAGUGAGCCAAGUGAUCUGAUGUACAGGAUCACCAAACAGCCCCAGCUGGGACACCUGGAGCACACGGCAUCCCCAGGCAGAAGGAUAAGCUCUUUCAGACAGGCAGACCUGGUCUCCCGCAGCAUUCAUUACAUCCACACCAGUGAAGCUGAGAAACACUCUGAUGCAUUCACCUUCUCUGUUUCUGAUGGCACACAUGAGGUGAGUCAGAAUUUUGACAUCACCAUUAACUCGAUCGAUGACUCCUUACCUGUGGUGCUGAGCCCUGGGAUGAGAGUUCAAGAAGGAGUGAGGAAAACCAUCACUGAAUUUGAGAUUAAAGCCACAGAUGCUGACACAGAGGCCAGAUCUCUCACCUUCACCAUUGUGCAACCUCCUCGCCAUGGUCUGAUUGAACGUACCACCGAUGGGCACCGUUAUCGCCAAAUUAAUGCCUUCACAAUGGAGGAUAUCUACCAGAACCUAAUCAGUUAUAGUCAUGAUGGAAGCAAUUCCUUAGAGGAUCGUUUUACCUUCACUGUGUCUGAUGGAACAAAUCCCUUUUUUGUUGUGGAAGAAGAUGGUAAAGAGAUUGUGACUGCUGCACCCCAGUGGUUCAGAGUGGAAAUUCUUCCUGUGGAUGAUGGGACUCCAAGAAUUGUCACAAACCUGGGACUCCAAUGGCUGGAGUACAUGGAUGGCAAGCCGAAAAAUCUGAUCACUAAGAAGGAGUUGUUGACUAUGGAUCCUGACACAGAUGACAAACAUUUGGUCUAUGAGAUAAUCAUGAAACCAAAACACGGCUAUGUGGAAAAGAAGUUGAAGCCAGGAGUACCAGUGGUUACAUUCACCCAAGAGGAUGUGAAUUUGGGGUUAAUCCAGUAUGUGUUACAUGAGGAGAGAACGCAAGAGACAGAAGACAGUUUUCAGUUUCUGGUAAAGGACAGCAAACCCAGCAUUGUCACCGACAAUACCUUCCAUAUCCAAUGGUCUCUUAUCAGCUUUCAGCACAUGAGCUACAAUGUCAGUGAAAAGGUUGGCUCCAUUAGUAUCACCGUGAAGAGGACAGGUAACCUCAAACAAUAUGCAAUUGUUCUGUGCCGCACUGAGCAGGGAACUGCCACCUCUAGUUCAAGUCUUCAGCCAGGAGACCAGGACUAUGUUGAGUAUGCAGGCCAGGUGCAGUUUGAUGAACGUGAGGACACAAAAUCCUGUACCAUCAUUAUCAAUGAUGACAAUGUAUUUGAGAACACAGAGAGCUUCAUUGUGGAACUUAGCAUGCCAGCCUAUGCCUUGUUGGGGAGCAUCACUGAGGCCAAAGUCUUCAUCGAUGAUGAGGAAGAUGAGCCUACUCUUCAGUUUGAUAAGAAGGUCUACCAUAUCAGCGAGAGUGCCGGCAUCUUGGCUGCUCCCAUUGAAAGAAAAGGUGACUCCAGCAGCAUUGUGUCUGCAAUUUGCUACACAGUCCCCAAGAGCGCUAAAGGCAGCAGCAUGCAUACCCUGGAGUCUGGUUCAGACUUUAAGUCAAGGGCAAUGUCCAACAAGAACCGCAUUGUACUUGGGCCAGGUGUCACUAUGACCACCUGUGAUGUGAAGUUGAUUGACGACAGUGAGUAUGAAGAGGAAGAAGAAUUUGAAAUUGCACUUGCAGAUGCAUCUGAAAAUGCACAGAUCGGAAGCAUUGCUUCAGCCAAAGUUAUGAUCAGCGGGCCCAACGAUGCCUCAACAGUAUCCCUAGGAACAGCUACUUUUACCGUCAGUGAAGAUGCAGGGAUCAUUGAAAUCCCAGUUAUUAGGCAUGGUCCUGAUCUUUCAACCCCUACCUCAGUCUGGUGUGCCACUCGGACAUCUGAGCCACCAUCAGCUACACCAGGGAUUGACUAUAUACCAAGCUCCAAGAAAGUGGAGUUUCGCCCAGGGAGGAUUGAAGAGUACUGCACCUUGACAAUCUUGGAUGAUGCACAGUACCCAGUGAUUGAAGGAGUAGAGACAUUUGUCGUCUACUUGAGCUCACCACAAGGAGCUGAACUAGCCAAGCCUUUCCAUGCAGUAGUGGCUAUCAAUGACACCUUUCAAGAUGUGCCAAAUAUGAAAUUUAGUAAAGAUUUGUAUCCUGUGAGAGAGAAGGAUGGGAUCCUGCAUGCUCCUGUUAUCCGUACUGGAGACUUGAGCUACGAGUCCUCUGUAAGAUGUUAUACUCAGAGUCAGACUGCAAAGGUCAUGGAGGACUUUGAGGAAAGGAGGAACACUGAAGACUCUCGUGUCACUUUUUUGAGAGGGGAGAAGGUGAAGAACUGCACGGUCUUUAUCAAUGAUGACUCUGCAUUUGAACCAGAGGAGAAAUUCCAGAUAUAUCUGAGCCACCCCCUUGGAAACCAUUGGAGUGGGGCUACAGUUGGGAAGAACAACGUGGCCACAGUUGUCAUUUCCAAUGAUGAAGAUGCACCCACCAUUGAGUUUGAAGAAGCUGCCUACCAAGUCCGUGAACCUCCAGGGCCCGAGGGUGUUGCUUUCUUAAACGUCAAAGUGAUCCGGAGGGGAGAUCAGAACAGGACCUCCAAAGUUCGCUGCAGCACCCGUGAUGGAUCAGCCCAGUCUGGCAUUGAUUAUUACCCAAAGAGUCGAGUUCUCAAAUUUAGCCCCGGUGUGGAUCAUAUCAUAUUUAAAGUGGAGAUCAUGUCUAAUGAAGACAAGGAGUGGCAUGAGUCCUUCUCACUGGUAUUAGGACCCGAUGAUCCUGUUGAAGCUGUCCUGGGGGAGAUCACCACUACAAUUGUGACCAUUCUUGACCAGGAAGCUGCUGGAAGUCUCAUUUUACCAGCACCUCCUAUUGUGGUGACACUGUCAGAGUAUGACCAUGUAGAAGAAGAAACUAAAGAAAGUGCAAAGAAAUCUCCCUCUCCAGGUUAUCCAUUGAUCUGUGUGACUCCUUGUGAUCCUCACUUUCCCAAGUACUCAGUUAUGAAGGAGCGCUGCAGUGAAGCCGGGAUUAACCAAUCAUCCAUACAGUUCAGCUGGGAAGUGGCAACUCCUACUGAUGGAAAUGGGGCCAGAUCUCCCUUCGAAACGAUUACGGACAACACUCCAUUCACCAGUGUCAAUCACAUGGUGCUGGACAGCAUUUACUUCAGCCGGCGAUUCCACGUGAGGUGUGUGGCCAAAGCCGUGGAUAAGGUUGGCCAUGCCGGCACACCACUGAGAAGCAACAUAGUCACCAUUGGGACAGACAGCGCCAUUUGCCACACACCAGUGGUAUCUGGAACAGCUCGGGGCUUCCAAGCCCAGUCGUUCAUUGCCACAUUGAAGUAUCUGGAUGUCAAACACAAAGAGCACCCCAACAGGAUCCAUAUCUCGGUGCAGAUUCCUCACCAAGAUGGGAUGCUUCCACUCAUCUCCACUAUGCCGCUGCACAACCUGCAUUUCCUCUUGUCAGAAUCUAUCUAUAGGCACCAACAUGUCUGUUCCAACCUUGUCAGCGUCCAGGAGCUUAAAGGCAUCUCAGAAGCUGGAUUCCUGGAUGAAGUGACCUAUAACAGUCUCAUUCUGGGCCCUGGAUUUGAUCGGGCAUACCAGUUUGAUCCUAAUGUGAGAGAGCCAAAGACGAUCCAGCUUUAUAAACAUCUGAACCUGAAGAGCUGCAUUUGGACUUUUGAUGCUUACUAUGACAUGACAGAAUUGAUUGAUGUUUGUGGAGGAUCAGUCACUGCAGACUUCCAGGUCAGAGAUUCUGCUCAAUCCUUUCUGACAGUCCAUGUCCCCUUGUACGUUUCCUACAUUUAUGUAACUGCUCCUAGAGGAUGGGCCUCCCUUGAACAUCACACUGAGAUGGAAUUUUCUUUCUUCUAUGACACUGUUCUCUGGAGAACAGGUAUUCAGACCGACAGUGUCCUUUCGGCCAGGCUACAAAUCAUAAGGAUCUACAUCCGAGAGGAUGGCCGGCUGGUCAUUGAGUUCAAGACUCACGCCAAGUUCAGAGGACACUUUGUGAUGGAACAUCACACUCUUCCUGAUGCCAAGUCUUUCAUAAUGACGCCUGAUCACCUGGGCGGGAUUGAGUUUGACCUGCAGCUUUUGUGGAGUGGCCAAACAUUUGACUCCCCUUAUCAGCUCUGGAGGGCAACCAGCUCUUACAGCAGGAAGGACUAUUCCGGAGAAUACACCAUCUACUUAAUCCCUUGUACGGUGCAGCCUACACAGUCGUGGGUUGAUCCAGGAGACAAGCCUUUACCCUGCACUGCUCAUGCUCCAGAAAAAUUUUUGAUCCCAAUUGCUUUUCAACAAACUAACCGGCCAGUGCCUGUUGUCUAUUCUCUGAAUACCGAGUUCCAGCUCUGCAAUAAUGAGAAAGUGUUUUUGAUGGACCCAACCAAAUCAGAAAUGUCAAUGGCAGAGAUGGACUACAAAGGAGCAUUUUCAAAAGGCCAAAUCCUAUAUGGCCGUGUCAUGUGGCAUCCUGAACAAAACCUCAACUCAGCCUACAAGCUUCAGUUGGAAAAGGUCUAUCUUUGUACUGGAAAAGAUGGCUAUGUGCCCUUCUUUGACCCAACAGGAACCAUCUAUAAUGAGGGACCACAAUACGGCUGCAUCCAACCCAGCAAACACCUAAAGCACAGAUUUUUGUUGCUGGACCGGAAUCAACCAGAAGUGACUGACAAAUAUUUCCAUGAUGUACCUUUUGAUGCCUGUUUUGCCUCCGAGUUGUCGGAUCUGUACCUGGUCAGCAGCAUGCCUGGAGUGGACGGCUUCACCAUGAAAGUGGAUGCACUCUAUAAGGUGGAAGCUGGGCACCAGUGGUAUCUUCAAGUGAUCUACGUUAUUGGCCCAGAGACCAUUGCAGGCCCCCGGGUGCCACGUUCUCUCAUUCAUCAACUGAAGCGCAGCCGCCGGGAUCUUGUGGACCACAGGGGUAGUUUAGCCUUGGAUGACUCCUUGAUCUAUGACAACGAAGGUGAUCAAGUCAAGAAUGGCACCAACAUGAAGUUUCUCAGUUUGGACCGGCAAGAGGCCGUCUCGGCCGCCUCUCUGUCUCAGACGGGGGCUUCGAUUGGCAGUGCCUUUGCCAGCGUCAUGCUGCUCUUCCUUGUGCUUUUAGUCACAUGUUUUGUGACCCGUAAGUGUCGGAAGCACCGAAAAAAGAAAAAGGCUGCAAAAGACAUCCCGGAGCAGUAUCCUCUCAAUACCAAAGUGGAAGCAUCCAGGAAAAGCACAGAGAGGGGGGAGAAGAAUAUAAACAGACAGUACUGCACUGUGAAAAACCUGAAUAUUCUUUGUGAAAAUGAAGGGACCUACAAGGUCAAGGGGGCAAAGGUUAAGCAAGUGAACUUGGAGGUGAAAGUUCACAACAAUUUACAUGACGGAACAGAGGUUUAAUGGCACAUUUUCAGAGUUGACUGGUCACAUCUUUUUAUAAAUUGUAAAAAGGAACAAAUGGAACUUCUAUACAUUUUUGGUAUUUUUUAUAACAAUCUUAUGAAAAAAGGAUUUUUUUUCCCUUUGGGGGAUUUUUUCUUUGUGUGUUUGGUUGCCUGAGAGGUGAGCAAGCAGCAUAUCUCUGCCUGCUUCCACUUCACAACAGAGCUACCUCGUUGAAAGCGGAUGGCGUGAGGUUCCCGAGAAGACGUGCUGGCGUGCACCCCUCUUAUCCCCGUAUAGAGCAGCAUUCCGUUCGCACAACCUCUGGGGAUCCAAGUCUCUUUUGCUCUCCAUCUGCUGUAUUCUCCAUUGAUUCAGGGGCUGGUCAAAAGUGAUAAAGGUGCCGCAUGCAAAUGAGACUUCCUUGGAGGUAGAAGAAAAGCACAAUGUAGUGUGUGGAACAGCAGCUUUCAACACAGAUGGGGUUUCUCAACCAAGGUUCUGAGAAGUAUUGUUUUUGGGGAAAAUCACAUUAUUUCUGAACUGUAGACAUAUCAUAUAUACUCAUGUAUAAGUCAACCCCAUGUAUUAGUCAAGGGCAGGUUUGGGGGUCAAAUUGUGGAUGAUGUAGUUUGUGGCUAAGUCAAGGGUCAUUCUAUGGAGACAGAAAGGGUGAUCGCCGCCUCAGGAGGCCAGUCUGCUCUGACCACUGGCAUUUUCCCACCUGGAUGUUUAAAAAGGCCAUAAGCAGCAUUGUGAUGGAGAGAGCAGAGAGGGUCAAACUAAGUUCUCAUCUUUUGCCACUCUACUCAGAGAAUGAAAUGGUUCUCCUUCUUAUGUAAGAAUUAAGGUGCAGUACCUUCAUGGGGUUAAUGUUUUAUGAAAAUGUAUAGACUUAUACAUGAGUAUACACAGUAAUAUUUUUAUGCAGGGGUUUAUUGAGAAAGUUUUCAAGGAGGCCUCCAGGGUUAAGAAGGUAAAGAAGGCUGCUGUAUUCUCAUGAAGACAACCCACUUGGAGACUUAGCCACAGGCCCAUGCUCUCAUUGGCUUCCUACCACAGCCACCUUCCUCCUAAGACAAAGGCCCAGUUGAUUGUAUUCCUCAAGUGAUUACUGGCAGAUAAGUAACAGGUUGGCUGGUGAUAUAUUGGCUAUAAUAGAUACUUUCAAAGUGUUUUUGUUUAAUCAAUGGGAGUCAACUAAUCAGGCAUUUAACUUUUUUGAAGGAUUUAUUGUCCUCUCAUCAGAUUAUAUGAACUGGACAAAAACGAAAGAAGGUAUAACUUUGUAUUGAAAGAUCUGCUAUCAUAAACAUUGAGUGCUAGAACAAAAUCAAAACCACCCAUAUUUUUUAUCAUGAUUCAGAACAUAUUCCUUUUAAUAAUUUCUAUACAAAAAUCUUUGGCACCAUAAAUGUUGCUGUGUUCAGUUUAUGAUAUUUCACUGUCAGCACAAUUUCAAGUCCACAAAGCACAUAGUGCAGUGGUUUUCAACCUGUGGGUCCCCAGACGUUUUGGCCUUCAACUCCUAGAUAUCCUAACAGUUGAGAAACUGACUGGGAUUUCUGGGAGUUGUAGGCCAAAACACCUGGGGACCCAAAAUUGAGAACCAUUGACAUAGAGUGUAUUCCAUAAUGUACUGCAGGAGUGCCUCUUGGAUCAUGUACUUGAGAACACAGUCUACAUAAAAUUGUAUUGUGGUGCCAUGUUAGUCUGGGUCUUCGACUGGGGCCAGUUGACGUAUCCAUAAUUAUACAUAUUGGAAGUUGACUUUUAAAUUAACCUUCUGCUGCUUCUUCAGAUUGUAAAUGUCAUUGUCCAAACUACUUCCUGAAAUAUAUUCAGGAUGAAGUUAUGCAUGAUUUGAGUGAAUGGAUGGGGCAUUCACAAGUGUGGUCCAAUUUGUCCAACACAAAGUGCAUGAAAUUGGUGCCUUCUACUGGUGCAUUCCAGACAUGUUAGAGUACGAUUCCCAUCAACUGAUGGCUAGAGAUAGAGGUAAUAAUUCAUAACAACUGGAGUGCUGGGGAAAUCUGUUGACCACAGGAAAAAUGGCUGUGUGAAUCAGUUCUUAAUUCAUAAUAACAUUAAGAUCCCAUCUCAAGCAAAUGUAUCGCUCAUUCCGGAUGAUAACAGUGCCUUUGAGUUUCUCCCAGGUUGUGUGCCUACCAUUAGUGCAGCACAGAAUGUGAAAGAAAACCAUUAAUAAAGGAAAUGAAUCAUUGCCACAAAUUCAUUUCCACUACUAGUAAUUAUGUCAUGUAUUUUAAAAACUCAUAAAACCUAGUGAUUUGGUUCACUUUAGUUGCCACUUACUGUUUUUUGUUUCUGUACUCUGCAUUUGUAGCCCAGGGUCGUGUGUUAAAUGAAAUGUAUAACACAUUGCCUUUGAGCAAAACUGAGAUCCAAUAAGCCAGUGCUCCAUAUCAAUAUAUUGUUUUAUUUAGUGUCAACAAAGUGCUAGGUACUUUAAAACUGGUCUCUUGUCAGAAAUAUAGAUCUCUUUCACCUGAAAUGCUUCCAGACACCUGUCAUUGAAUGUUCAAUACUUACAAGAUGGAAUUUUGUUGUUCAUGGCUUCAUAGUGGAACUCCAUGUUGACUGCAAUGUAUAAUCAGAAAUCUUGUAGUGUGUUUUCUUCAUUCAAUUAGAUUAACCAUUCUGCAACACACACACACACACACAUAUACAUAUAUAUAAGGUCCAGCUCCUUCCACUGAAAUGUGUGGGGAAGUAGCUUGAUGCCUGAAACAGUUCAUUAAGGCAACUUUAUUCCACUUUUAGUGCCUAAAUAAUGCCAAGAUUGCUUUUCAAAUAGGUCCCACUGGCAAAGGUGUCAUAUAUCAGUGAGGACAUAAUCUAAACACAUGAACAGAACAUGAUGAGCAAAUGAUUGUGGAUAUUUGAUUUCAGAAACAUUGGGAGUAAUUCUCCUAUGUAGUAUUAGUUACUUUUUAAAAUCUGCUGCAAAAUAGUUAUGACAAACUGACUGUUUUUUCAGACAGUUGAAACACUAACAGACUAUGGUGGAACCCUUCACCUUGCCUAGCUUAAUAUCUUAUCUGCAGAUGCAUGAUGGAAAGCAUCAAAGACGGGAAUAACUGCUUUCAUUUGAAUAACACAAUCACUUUUUUUGUCUUUUGACCACAGGCAUUAUUGCAUUAGAUAUGCCUGUUUAUUCUCAGUUUCCAUGUUUUGUCAUUUAUCAUCUUGCAAUUAACUUAAACAUUUAAAAAAUCUAGAAGUAUUGUGUAAGAUCUAGUACAAUGUCAUAGAUCAAAGUCCUAAUGUGCAACUCUAUUGUGCACAACAGUAUGCCUUUAGGUGUUGUAUGUCCCUUUCAAUUCCAUGAAGGGGCAGCUUCAUUAUGUUCAUGAGAAGAGGCCUCCCACUAAUAUAAAUGAAAGCAACCUGGAACACAUCAGAGCAUCAAAACGGCUGAAUUUGGCUGCAUUAAAAUCGAUAUGGCAUAGUUACCAUGGUCUGGGGUUAGAAUUGCUACUCAAAUCACAGAGCCCAUUGGGUGAUUCUGGAUAAGUCAUACCUUUUCAGCUUGACUCAUUUCACAGGAUUGUUGUGAGACUAAAGAAUGGAGUAACACCAAUAUAUGGCAUUUCUCAUGCAGAUAAACAGCUUUGCUCUCACAGAGCCUCCUCUCACACAGUAGAUUUACACACAGCAGCCUUUACACUGGAGCUUCACACAUGAGACCUUCAACCUGGGGUUUCUAAAAUGUUAAUUUUUAAUAUUUCUGACAAUGUCUGGGUUACUUCUGUAGAAGGAAGCUACAAUGAAAACAUCAUGACUACAUAAUGGCCAGAAUCCUUUUGGUGUCUUAUACACUAUGUUAGAAGUAAUUGGACAUUUCAUGUGGAAUGGCUCAUAGUUGCUGAAGCAUAGAAGUGCAACAAUUCUCCAUGGACAUUUGUUUGCACCUUGUCACAAUUCACUAAGGAAGUGGAAUGAUGUAACCACCACAUAACUCCAUGAGCACAAAGUUACCUCGAUGUAAAUUGGCCAACAUCGAUGGGAUUAUAUCGUUGUAUACUUGUACUGAAAUAUUUAAUAACAUUGUGCUGGUACACUUCGUGUCUGUUUGGUUAGAAUCAUACAGAAACCAUUGGUGAAAACUACUGUAAUCUGCACUGAUGUUGUUGUAUAACAUAUGAUUACAAUACCAUGGAAGCAAGAGACCAUGGAGUAUGGAUAUGUUCUCCUAAUUGCACAACUGUUGACACACAGAUGUUGUACCUUUCUGUGCUGCUUGCUGAGGUUGGUAGGCUUUUAGAUCCUGCCUUGUUUAUGUUGUUUUUUUGUUCCUUUUUUCUCUUUAAUAACCAUAACGUUCCUCUUGUUUUUGCUUCUGCACUGCCCAUUCCAAGAAAGUCCCUUUGGUUGCUCUGAGUCAAUCUCACUUGGUGCUGUCAACCUGUUACCUUGAAUUUCACCAUUUCAUGUAUUUUGGAGUAUAACUCUAUUGGUUACAGACUGAAUGGUUGUUAAUUUCCAUUAUGCCCUUUGGCUGUUGCGGUUGCUAAUAAACGAGCUUUGGAUACUUUUCACAAGAA